UGAUGAUGGAUGACGUCGAGAAGGAGGAGCUCUUGUUCCGGGUUGGCCAAAUCCGUCACAAACUGUGAAGUAUUAAAAAAAACAAAAAACAUUGAACGCGUAUCUUCCAUUCCGAACGGAAGCCUUCCGUGUCUACGAGCUUCGAACUCCGGAAACAAUGAGUGAGUCCCUGACGGUGUGUGAUGUGGAUGAAGCUCUGGUCCAGAAGUUGACGGCGUUUCGUUUCCGCAAGGAGACCAACAAUGCGGCCAUCAUCAUGAAGAUCGAUCAAGACAAGCAUCUCGUGAUCUUGGAUGAAGAACUCGAGAACAUUCCGUUUGACGACCUGAAAGACGAGCUCCCGGAGAGGCAGCCUCGAUUUGUGGUGUACAGUUACAAAUACCAUCACGAUGACGGCCACGUGUCCUAUCCUCUUUGCUUUAUCUUCAGUAGCCCCGUGGGUUGCAAACCGGAGCAGCAGAUGAUGUACGCAGGCAGUAAAAACAAGCUGGUGCUUACUGCUCAAAUGACCAAGGUUUUUGAGAUCCGGAACACGGAGGACCUGACGGAGGAAUGGCUCCGGGAGAAACUUAGCUUCUUCCGUUAAGGAACCUCGGAAGGUUCACCUGCGCUGCUCUCUUUCCGAACCUCGACCUGAUUUAAAUAGUGUGUGUACUACUUCCUGUCUUGUUAUGGGCUUCUCACCGCUUGAAAUGUUUGCGGGUUGAGGCUCGGGCGGUUAUCGUACAGCGUACGCCAUCAGACGUGUACACCGCUAACCACCAGGUCUCAUCCCACCCUCCCCAUUUGUCAUCUCUGUGUGUAAGCAUGGAAUGAAAACUCUUGUCGUGGACCAAACUCAUCCACGUGUCCCAAGUGUUAAGUUUUGGGAGCAUUUUCACAGGUUCCGAAAGUGUUAGUUUCACUUGUGUAUUUUUGUCUCAAGUACUGUUCUUUUUUUUUUUUUUUUUUCCCUAAUCGGUGUGGGAGAUCAAACGUCCUGCCUCAACAUGUGAAAUUCAGCUUUGUGGUGAAGAUUUAUUUGAGGGAUUAUAAAGCAUCGUCGAGGACAAUGAGGCACUCGAGACCUGAGCAUGGCUAGCUGCCAUUUCCACACGUUAGCAUUCGUAUGCUCGCAUUCAAGUGUUGAUUUGAUUUUUGAACCUGAGCUGCACACAGAAUAUGAAAACAAAUAUUUCCCGAAUGGGGAAAUGCUUGCUUUUUUGUCAAGAGCGUCGAUCACAAUUACUUUGGCGCCUUACUGCACAAACGACACGGCCGAGAAGUCUUUGUUUAUCAUACCAUCCACAGUCGGGGUUUCACGAAAUAAAAUGAACGCGCCCAUUGGACUCGUAACACGAGCGGAGAAGAUUUCAUAAUCUUCAAAUUGAGAAUUGGGCUCUGUUAUCACUUUGCCCGCCCAACUGUAAACAAUUCUGGCUCCGCCCCUCACAUCGUCCUAUCACGAUCGUCGCCAAGUGUCGCAAUUCAAAUCGAAAUACCUUUGUCAUCUUUAAAGCGGACAUCUGCUUUUUUUUUCCAACAACGUAAAAAAAAAAAAGCUCAGGUGACAUCAUGAAAUUUCUUUUCCCUAGUGGAAAGAAUUACAGCAAUGCUAAUAUGUGCAUCCAACAACAGUGCAGCUCUACUUAGCGUAUGGUUGAUUCGACAAGAUUUCCGUGUAGUUUGGGCGGCACGUGUAAAUCUUGGCGUUGCCGAGACUCCUGGUCAUGGGGGUCGGGGAUGCUUCUUUAAAUAAGAUGAACUGUGACUUUACAAUCUGGGAAAAUGCACAAGUCACUCACAUUUUUGGGGGUGGGGGGGCGGGGGGUGAAGUGGACACUUUACUGAUCCUAUGACGUCCUCAUUGGUGUCCUCAUCUCAAAUACAUUCCAAACUGGACAAUUUACACAUACUUGCGUGUUUCCUUCCUGAGAUGAUGUUCGUUUUUUUUUUUUCUUCUAAACUAACCCUUGUUCGCUAGUCGUGUUGAUGAAUGUCGCGCGUCGUGAAUGCUGCAUGUACUUUUGAAAGACGCCCCGCUGGAAUGUUAGGUCAAGAAAAUUAACAAGUCGCUUAUUAUUGUUAACGGAAUGACGAGGCUCUCCCUGAAUGUUCUGAACUCCCGUUUCAGGUUCUAUUGCACGGAUGUCGCUCCACUUUGCUUAAUUAAUGUCAUCGUGGGGUUCUGUACAGUGGAUGGCCCAAACUAGUUGAGAGCCUCCGUUAUGCCAAUAAUCAAUUUGUAUCUUUCAUUUUUUUUUUUAAUUAAUUGAUUAUUUCGACCGCAGACUUUUUUGGGGCGGCGGGGCAUUGGAUGUGCCAGUGACUUGAAAUUUUGUGCCUUUUUUUUUUAAAGUCCAUAUAUUUGUGAUUGUCUUGGAUCGUUGUUCAAUCUUUUUGGGGUUUAAAAUCAACAUUGAAAAAAAAAAUCAAUGUGACCACAAGAUAAUUUGAUCAUUAAAAUAAUUACCGGUAAUCGGCAAGCACUUAAUGUUAACAUAAUAACUUUUGUGAACAUAAUGAUCGGAAGCGGCGCUCUGGGAGUUGUGACAAAAGUGUAAAGAAAAAAGAAAGCCACAAAGAAUGAUUCUUUCGUGGAGGUGACAUUUCUUCACCAAUCCAGCGAAUUACAUGUGUCAAUCAAUGUAGUAGAUCUGUCUAUGUGGCGCAUGCAGCGAACACAGUGUUUCUCCAAACGUGAAUAUCCCAGUUACUCACUCAAAGAAAUUAAAUCUGCUUCCAUUGUUAGAAGACCAAACGCGACCAAGUUUUGAUGGGCAGGAUUAAAAAUGUUCUUUGGACUUCUUGUUUUAGUGAAAUGAUGCACAAUUUCUGGAAGUUGUGUGUCAUCUGCUUCUUGGAAUACUGUAACGUUUAAAUAUGAGACUCAAAACUCCGGCACAGGUUUCUAACUGUUUUGAUUUAAUUACUAUUCUUAUUUUUGCUUCAUCAAUUUGCUGCAGCUGCAUUCCAUUUGAUAUAUUUGCUUACACUCUUUAACAAAGAAAAGCCCGGGUAAGCGUUGGGGUCUAAGGUGAUGGAAUUGAUUGCUUCCCUCCCGAUUAUUAUCAUGAAUAUGUAGUGCCACCGUAGUCGUUUUGUCCUGCUGUUUUUUUUGUUUUCUUUCUAACUGAAAGAAUGAAAAAUGAGACGUUUAUCAGAUAGUGAAACUUGAGAUUCAGUACUGUAUUUGUAUUUUCCAUACUGCAUUAUAAGAAUGCAUCUGUAGUCUCCUGUUGUCCAAAUAAAAGCAUUGAUAAUGUUUA